UUCCGACUGCGCUGGAAGGCCAUCCUGGUGUCCUCACUCAGCGUCGCCUUGGUGCUGCUCUUGCUGUGCUUUCACCGCUCGGCCACGGGGAGACCAGCCCCGGCCAACGCCCACAACUGGCGGCUCAGCCCGCUGCCCGGGGACAGGUACAAUGACACCUACCCGCUGUCCCCGCCCCAGAGGAACUCGGAAGGGGUGCGCUACCGGAUCGGGGUCAUUGCCGACCUGGACACCGGCUCCAAGGGCCCACGGGAGCACACCUGGUUCAGUUACCUGAAGAAGGGCUACCUGACCCUGUCGGCCAGCGGGGACAGAGUGACGGUGGAGUGGGACCGGGCCGACAGCCUGCUGGAGUCGCAUCUGGCUGAAAAGGGGAGAGGCAUGGAGCUCUCGGAGCUGGUCGUCUUCAACGGGAAGCUGUAUGCAGUGGACGACCGGACGGGAGUGGUCUACCUGAUCGAGGGCACCACGGUGGUGCCCUGGGUGAUCCUAUCAGAUGGGGAUGGCACCGUGGGCAAAGGCUUUAAAGCAGAGUGGCUGGCAGUGAAGGAUGAACACUUGUACGUGGGUGGCCUGGGGAAGGAGUGGACCACGGCCACCGGGGAGGUGAUGAAUGAGAACCCCGAGUGGGUGAAGGUGGUCGGCUCCAAGGGGGACGUGGGCCAUGAGAACUGGGUGUCUAACUACAACGCCCUGAGGGCAGCGGCUGGCAUCAGACCCCCAGGUUACCUCAUCCACGAGUCGGCCGCCUGGAGCGAGACGCUGCAGCGCUGGUUCUUCCUGCCGCGCCGGGCUAGCCAGGAGCGCUACGACGAGAAGGCCGACGAGCACCGGGGCACCAACCUGCUGCUGCGGGCCACGCAGGACUUCGGCGACAUCGCCGUCAGCCACGUGGGGGCCGCGGUCCCGACCCACGGCUUCUCCUCCUUCAAAUUCAUCCCCGACACUGACGACCAGCUGAUCGUGGCCCUGAAAUCGGAGGAGGACGAUGGCAAGAUCGCCACCUACAUCAUGGCCUUCACGCUGGACGGGCGCUUCCUGCUGCCGGAGACCAGGAUCGGGGCCAUGAAAUACGAAGGGAUUGAGUUUAUUUAACAGGGACUCUGUCCUGGUGGGGACGCCCCGGGGUCAGGCGCGCGGGGCUUUGCCUGAACUUAGUCGCCGUGGGGGGCGCGCCGCUCCUGAGCUGGCCUGGAUCCCCGUGGGAGGUGGCUCCGGGGCUGGGUCCCAGGCUUCUGCAGUUACCAUGUUGGUGAGUUGCUGCAGCACAUGUGGCUUGAAUGUCUGGGCCCCGGCACCUGGUGGUGAAAGGCCAUCACUGCAAGCUUCCACGUGGUCCUCUGCAGGGCUGCAAGCCCUUGUCCUGCACCCCAGGGCCCUUCCCAGGCUGCCCCGCAGAGCGCUGGGUGCUGACAGGGGAGGUCUCCAGGGAGCUUAGCGAAGCUGUGAGGCAGCCGCUCGGAGGGCGUUUCCUUCCUGCCCAGCCAGGGCAGUGGAAUUGCUCAGCAUCUCUGAGACUGGCCCAUGAUUUCCCCUCCCACCGGCAGGGCCCUGCACCGCAGCCUGGUGCUCCCGCUGCUACGUUACCCUGGAGUUUCCCUGCAGCACAAAGGGCCUUUGCGGUGCACAGCAGAGUGGGAGCAGCUCGUGCCC